GCGGCGGAGGCGGCGGCGGUGCCUUGCCGUUUGUGGCGUUUGCGGUGCGGCCAUGGCGGACUCCACGCAGAAUGGGCCCAUGCAAGGCGGGGCCGCCGGCGGAGCUGUGCAAUUUCUGAUGGCUAACAAGUUGGAUACAGCAAUGUGGAUUUCCCGCUUGUUCACAGUUUACUGCUCAGCUUUAUUUGUCCUGCCUCUUCUAGGGUUGCAUGAAGCAGCAAGCUUUUAUCAGCGUGCCUUGCUGGCAAAUGCUCUUACUAGUGCCCUCCGACUACACCAAAGGCUACCGCACUUUCAGCUUAGCAGGGCAUUUCUGGCCCAGGCUUUGCUGGAGGACAGCUGUCACUACCUGUUGUACUCUCUUAUCUUUGUGAAUUCCUACCCUGUUACAAUGAGUAUUUUUCCAGUUCUGCUGUUCUCUUUGCUUCAUGCUGCCACAUAUACAAAGAAGGUUCUUGAUGCACGAAGUUCAAACAGUCUGCCCUUUCUGAGAAAUCUUUUAGAGAAACUGAAUGCUAAUCAACAGAAUAUUCUAAAAUUCAUUGCUUGCAAUGAAAUUUUCCUGAUGCCAGCUACAGUUUUUAUGCUCUUCAGUGGGCAAGGGAGUCUGCUCCAGCCGUUCAUUUACUAUAGAUUUCUUACAUUACGCUACUCCUCUCGGCGAAAUCCAUACUGUCGGACUCUCUUCACUGAGCUGAGGAUUGUUGUUGAACACUUAAUAAUGAAGCCCUCAUGCCCUGUUUUUGUAAGAAGACUAUGCCUCAGCAGCAUUUCCUUUAUAAGCAGAUUGGCACCAACUGUUGCAUAGCCAAAUUUCAGGCACUUGUGUUUUGUGAACAUUAUGAGCAGCUGGCACUUCUGCUGAUGAUUAUAAAUUCCUGGUUUUACACUGAUCUCAUUCCAGGCUGUAUAAAAAUGUGUAUAUGCUUUUUUUGGAGAUAAUAUGAAAUUUAGCAUAUCAAAAGCAAGUCAUGGAAACUUAAAAAUACUGUGCUGUAUUGCUAAUUGGUGAAAAGAAGUAGCUGCAUCCUAUCCAAAACAUGCCCAGUCAUACAGAAUUGGUUUUUUAGGAAUCAAGGAUUGUUUGAGGUUGAUUAAAACUUUAAGAAGUCUGUGCUCAGUAGGUUUAUGUUAGUUGGAACUAUAGCUACUGUAAGAUGUCUCCAGUGGAUAGCAGUUGGUACACAUGCCUAUGCAGUACGCCUAUGCAGUACACUUUGGACAGUAUUCUUCUGCUUACUAAAUGUAUCUGUAGAACCAUUUUGUCUAAAUUACUGUACUCAGUGUAAAAAUAUGGCCCACUUUGAAUUUAACAUUAAAAUCUAUCAAGCUGACAUAGUUAACACCUUUUCUGAAGGAGAGGCUAUUUUUAUUAAUAUUACUUAAAAAGAACUCUUCCAAGUUUCUACCUUGUGACAUAGUCUUAUAUUACGUUGUCAGAAGAAAUCUCAAGACUCUGAUCACGGAAAGCUGCGGUUAUCUUGUUGUAACAAGAUGUUUUACCAAGCCAAAUUGCUGACCUGUAGGCUUUUCAGACAAAGAUGCAAUGCUUAAACUUUUAACCAUCUCUUAAGUGAACUAAUCAAUGUAAAUGAAGUAACUUUUGCAGAAUCAUUGCAGAUUUGUUCUUGUGUCUACACAAAUGUGAGACUGCAGUAAUUCAAGCAUGUCAGCUUUUUAGAAAAUUAAUCUGUAGCUAGCUAUAUAAAUUGUUCUUCCAGUUUCUGAGACUCUCAUUGUGAUGGGAAAUUUGCAUAAAGGAUUGCACCUGUUUAGGCAGCUUCUGAAACAAAUGGGUGUAGGAUUUUUUGGCAUAAAUCCAUCUGACUGAUCUGAAGCCAGUGUCAUGACUACAGAAGUGAAUAUUAAUUUGAGUGCUGAUUAUGCAUUCACCCAGCAGCUGAGAGGUAGAUAGUGGCAAAAGAAUAUUGUCUGUCUGAACACAGCUUCUUUCCAUAAAUUCAAGGCAAAGUAUUUGCCUAAUCUUCUGUAGUUAAUGUUAGUAUUCUAAUUGCAUAAAAUUAAAUGGAUUUCAUUGGCCUUUUGUAAACUUCUAUAGCACUGUGCUUAACUAUUCUUCCUUGGUCAGAGAAAUCUUUAUGUGAAACACUUUCAAAAACAGUCUUGAAGCAAAGUAUUUUCCUGUAACUAUUGAGUUAUCUUGUUUGUGAUGUGAAUGUCAUUCAGACUUUCCAGUUGUAUUAGUUUGUUAGAUCAGAGCCAUGUAUUUAUAAAAUUAUUUCAUUUUUUGCUCAACCUCUUGGUACUGAUGAACCAAUUGGUAAUUGAAUAUGAUAUUCGUUGACUACUUGUCUUGCUCUCUGAACAUGAUUAGCUAUUUAUAGAACACUUGCACACUGCAGAAGCAACUGCAUGCAGUAAUGCUCUACAGCUGCUAAAGACUUGCAACAAGAUUCACUAUAUGUAUAUCCUGUAAUGUGAGGAUUUUAUAAAAACUAAAAUUUCUACUGCAAUAAAAGGAGUGUUAAAUGUAAUUUGCUAGGCUCUUCAAGCUUAUUUUCUCUCUAACAGAACAUACUGAUGCUUGAACCUGGAAGUUGAGCAGAAUGCUGUCCUGUGUGUAUGUGUGCAUGUUCUUGUAUUCCCACUGCUGCUUCUGAAUUGGGUCAUAAUGUCUUGUGCGUUUCUAAAUUAUUUUAUAGGGAAUUUUUGCCUUCUAAAGUGCAAAAAUUUAUGACCCUUUCCUUCAAAAUUUAACCCAAGAAUAAGCACUGCAACAAUGGUAUCUAAUCAGAGCAGGAAUCUAGACCUACUUAUUACCAUUUCAAUUCUUCAGCACUAUUCUAGGCCGUCUUUCAUGUUACGUGGUAUAUUUUUCGAGUGGUGUCAUCAGACUCUGUUCAGCUCUUUGCACCACUGUGAUUUAAAAAUUAAUUUGGUCAUCUAAGUUGGUCCCCCAUACUGGGAGCGGAAGACAAAUACUUUUGUAAUUACUGUAAACAAAAUAACAUGUUACUUUGAGCAAAUUUUUGUGGUCUAAGACUGCUGUUAUGGGUGCAGUCUACUGUUCCUUUAAUUGUAUGCUGUUAUUAAAUUAGAGAGGAGUCUAAAUUGGAUCUGAUGUAUUGCAGCUGUAACUGAAGGAUGCUAAGUCUUGAGAUACAACUCUAUGAAUAGAUGAGGAAGAUUAAAAGGAGUAAGUGAAUGAGAUUUCAGUAAGUAGAGAGUUGGAAGACAGUGCCAUGAAGUAAAGCUUAUAUAUGGAUACUGAAUUUCUUGUUAACUCUUUCUAUUGAGUCUUAAAAAAUACAUGAAGAGGAGGAAGAUGUUUCAUAAAUGGGAUUUGAUUUGAUCUGGCUAGUAGUACAUUCUUGGCUUUGCAAGGAGUUGCUUGACAAAUGAGGCCUGGAUUUUACUUGUGGCCUGGUAAAACUUGCCUCUCUGAUGUGCCAAGAAAACAUGGAACAGUGGGGUAAGAAUAACUUCCAAGCAAAAUAAAGAGGGCAACUGACCUGCACUCUGCAUCAACUUUGAUUUUUACUGCAGCCUUUAGGCUGCCUGAGUGAUAACACCGAAUUUCCUCAAUACUGGCAAAAACAUUCUGUCCUUGUGCCUGCUUCCUUACCACAGUUUGUGACUGUUUCUAUACUAACGAUUAAAUUAAAGACAUGAAAUGCUGGUUGUGUCCUGAUAGCUUG